UUCGUUCACCUCAUCACCAUCAAACCCGCUUGGACUGGCCAUAUUCCGCACGCGCUUCGCCAACGACACGUCCCUUCCAUCCCACGCUCUCGCUCGCUAUCACCUCCUCGAGUCCUCGCCUUCUACCGACCGACGUCCAACCUCCAAACGGUCGAUCGACCGACGCACGCUCCUUCCUCAUUUCUGUUUCAAACCAGGUAACAGCGGAGCCGGGUUCGCAGCCACCACUUCCGCCCACGCUCGCUACACACGAUCCAUCUCCCCACAUCUUCGAUCUCAUCUCCGGAGAGGAGCAGAAACCAGAUCCCAUACCAUAUAACCAUCGCCGAGUGUCCAUGGUGCUCGCUCCUCCUCCACCACCGCCGCGAGCAUGACCGAAGUGCUCAACAUUCCACGUCAUCCGGAUGGUCAAUCGUACUACGAAAACUCCGGAAUGCGACACGAAAGCCCAACAUCCUCUUCGCUAUUCCUCGACACUCGAUCUCUAUCCUCGAGUCCAAAACCCAGCAGCACACCUCACGCCGAGCACCAAGAACGACUGUUCAAGUCGGCAUCGUCCCCGUCGCUCUCACCUUCGAAUGCGUCUUCCUACACCUCCAUCUCGAAUGCGACAUCCACCGCCUCGUCGGUAGCAAGCGAUACCUCCAUUGACACCGACAUCAGUUUCCCCAAUUACGACGACGUACCAUAUAGCCACGAUGACGGCGUGUACAGCAUGGCCUCAUCCGAAACAAUCUGCGAGGAUUCGAACGACGACCGCACCGAGUCGACUACCACAGACACCACACGAUCCGAUUCACCACUUUUGACGCCAACCGUUGCAGAUGAUACCGCAAUCAAGGAACAGCCGUCCCAACAGGUCGACUUUUUGAGUCACGAUUGGAGAGAAGAGGACAUCUGGUCGUCGUGGAGGCAUAUCGUAUCACAAAGAAAAUCCGUGUAUGGGGAAAAGUCGCGGCUAGAGAAUGCUUCAUGGCGGACAUGGGCAAAGACAAAGUUUGACCUGGAAACUGUGUCGCCAGAAAGGCUCAAUUGGCUGAAAGAGUCCGAUGUGACAUGGCUGUACGGCCCGCUCAAGUUGGCUCCAUCGUAUCCCAUCAGCGUGGGCCGUGUGUGCGACCACGAAUCCCCCCUCUCCAAGAACAACUCGUUCGUCCACAAGAAGCCCAUCCUCAAGAAGAGAAGCGUCUCCGAGGUCAUGCUACAGAAGUCGAUAUCAUCGUCAUCGCUGGUCAAGCAGGCCGCAGCAUCUGUACAAGCACAAGGACGACGGGUACGAGGGACAGGAACCAGCCUCGACGCAGUGGACUCGAAACUUCAAUCAGAAACUCCCAGCCGUGACCAACUCGACUACUUCACAAGCCGAACCAGCAGCAGUGGAGGCACGCCGUGUGAAUCACAAGAGAAACGACAUAUCCGAUUCGACGAUCGUGUCGAACAGUGCAUCGCCGUGGACCUCAGCAAAGAUCCUGGCAUCGAUGAGGAUGAAUCAGAAGACGAACUCGACCACGCUCGUGCCCUCGGCUCUGACUCCAGCAGUGACGAAGGCGUUGUAAUGAUGAAGCGGAAGAAGCAAUCCCCUGGGACGAAGAGACCGGGACCAUCUACUGGCACGGGCAGUCGAAGUAAUUCGGCCAGCCGGAAAAUCAUCGAAACACUCCCAUCCACCACUCUCAAAUACCGAACCGAUAGUCCCGAUGUAACAGAAGAUGCCCAGCACCACACCUUUGGCCGAACAUGGGGUAUCAACAGCAAACUCAGUCCAUCACCAUCACAAGAGACUCUACGUCCAGCUCAUCCAUCCAGUAAUUUCCUCCUCGCGGAUGAUGACGAUGACGACGAUGUGAACUCUGACUCGUCCUGGUCAUUUGGCGCCAGCAAUCCGAAAUCUUCCCUCGGGGCCAGUGUUCCUGGCACCUCAAGCCGAACAAGGAGAGGUACAAUGUACGCGGCUCAGAGCGACUAUGAAGUGGAAGGAAUGCGGAGGACCAGCAGUGGAAUGUUCAUGCCUUAUGACGACGAGGACGAGGACGAUGCCGUUGCCGCGGGUCUGUUCGGACGCGUGAGCGAGACGUACAACACGGCGAAAGACAUCGCGCACGUUAUAUGGAAUGUUGGUUGGCGGAAAUGAAGGGCCGAAGAGAGAUGUUGACCACGAAUAACUUGAUGCGUGUGGAUGGACGUCACUCCCUGAGAGUGUGUUCUGAAAUCACGGAAUUACACAAAAGACCAGAGAUUUGUGCAUUGAGCCAGACUACCUGGCAUCAACGGCUGCAGCUACUCUGCUGGCCGAGCAUGAUCAGCGACGAAUGGUCGACCGGAAGAAGCUUUGGGCCGGGAGGCACAUCGGAGCCGGAACCUGUCCGCAAAGACUGCCAGCUGUCCAUAAGCGGCAGAGGCACAGCGGCAUUCUUCAGUUCAGCUAGCGAAGAAGGAGGGAAAGAGGGCCCUGAUGGAGAGAUGUCAACGAUUUGUCCUGUCGUAUCUCAUUUCAGAGGGGAGAUAGGGGCUAUUGGCGGACGAGACCUGAAUACAAGGGCUCACAUUGGCAUGAGCAAAGCGCUGUGUGCGAUUCCAGCGAGACGGAGUGAAUGAAUGAUGACUCGGCUGUUGAUGUUGUUACGACUACUGUAAUUUGAGCGUUGACAGAAUUGGACGAAUCGAUCGGCCUGUCUUGCCUCCGGACGAUGGGAGGAAAGGCGGUCGAGUUUACGGUCGUGUGCGGGGCCAAUGCCCAUCUCCUCGACAUUUAACUCGCUCGGUGAUUCAAUGCUCUCGAGAGACACAAUGCACGUACGCGUAUGCUCGACGGCGAGACCCGACUGAGAUCAUCGAUGCAGUCAGUCCUGUCUCGCCAGCCGUGAGGUGCCUUUUCACAUGCAGAGGAGUCUUAUCAAGCCAGCUCCAGCGCCAGCCAAUGGAUCGGCAACAUGCGGUGAGGGAACAGAGAUAUCAACGAGACAAAGAAGUAAACAACUCGAGACGUGUGGACUUCUCUUAUCUAGACUUCAAGACGGUCAACAGAACUAACGCGGGAACCGCGGGCGCAGAAACGUGCUCAGGCACGACGGGAGUGUUGUAUCGCCGUGGUAGAGUAGCUGGCCAUGCUCUUCUUACUUUGGGAGAAGUGGCUGACUGCACGUGGGAAUGGUCAGGACCUUGGUAUGAAGGUGGAGAUGGGAAAGCUCAUGUGGAGAAGCUAUGGAGAUGGCGUGCGUUCGUCUGGUUCUCAAUCGAUGUUUGGUUUGGUUUGGAUGAUGUCGAAGUUGUGGAGAGUCGGAGACAAGAGGUUCCAGACCUCACCUCGCUCAGCAACGCGCCUGACAGUGAACCUUGAGCCAUUGGAACCCUCAU